UUAUUAAGGUAUCUUGAUUAAAACAGCGCAGUACUUGGACAAAAAGCACAAAAGACCAGGACCGCGGAAGCGAUGCGACUUGUUUUACGCAAUACGGAAGUUUGUUGCGCGCACUGAUGAAUAUAAAUCUAGAACUCUACUGUAAAUAAGCGCAAACACACUACAGCUCAUAUUCAUGAGACUUUGAGAAAACAUGCCCAAUAAGCGGACACUAGUCACGACCACACUUAUCUUGGGUCCCAAGAAGAAAGGGGUGGGCUGGAUGAACGUAAACCAAAGCGCAGCAUUGCAGUGCAGUAAAAGUGUCACUCUCACACACUCGUAAGCUGUCCAGCGCGCGUUAGUAAAAUGCCAGUGGAUGAAACCCGUCAACAUCUGCACACGCAGUGUUAAAUGUAUCGUUGAUGCAUGCAGACUGAUGUUGCGCAGCAUCGUCGUGACGCUGCUGGUACUGCAGUCACACGCGGGGUUCAUGGCGCGCCAGAGCGCAUCACAUGAAGCCAUCGGUUCACUCCCCCCCCAAAACACAAACAUGUGAGGAAUUUCGCCGGUGUACUGACGGGGGCAAAAAUAUGGUGUUUCAAAAAGACACGUUACGUUGUGUCUUUUGUGCUUUCACCUCCCACCGCCGUGAUGUGGCACCGCGCCGCAUCCAAUCAGCGAGAUGAGGAGAACACCCACACCCCAGAAUCUGAAUGCGGCUUUGGCGCAUUAUAAAUACCACUUGUGAUGCACCGGCAAGUCUUGGUCGCGAGGAAGCUCAGGGUUGCAGUAGUACAUCAGUCUUUUUUCUUUCCAUAACAAAGAAGACCAUCAUCCAUCUUUUAUUUUUUUGCUUCUCCCCAAUUUCAGUUCAUUUCAGGCCAGUUGCAUGCAUUGUUCGUCUCCCAAAAUGGUUUGCGAGACUAAAAUCGUUGCAGACGAACACGAGGCCAUAGCUGGGACCAAAAAAGAUUCAAUUAUAGUUUCCUCCUCGCAAAUGUGGACGUCUUCUUCGCCUUCUCCCAGUGCGCUCGAGAGUAAGGUCGAAAAACGGAACCAGGUUUUUAUUCGCGAAUUUGAACGCUCGGACCAUGAGGAGGUGCGCCGGAUCUUCAACGAGGGAAUCAUGGAGCGGAUACCUAAUUCGGCAUUUCGGGGUCUAAAACAGCAAACUAGAACCCAAAUUAUCUAUGCCUUUCUCACAGUAAUGUGCUAUGUUAUGACCAAAUCCUUCACACUGACCUUCUGCGCACCGUUUAUUCUAAUGGGUGCACGUUAUUACUACAGCAGAAAAGUCAUUCUCUACUACCUGGACUGCGCUCUGCACACUGAUAUGGCUGACAUUGAGGCAUAUUACAUGAAACCCACAGGCUCUUGUUUCUGGGUGGCAGUUUUGCAAGGCCAGGUGGUGGGCAUCGUGGCAGCGCAAGGUCGAGAAGACGACAACACCCUGGAACUCCGUCGCAUGUCUGUGGACUCUCGCUUCCGUGGAAAAGGCAUCGCUAAGGCUCUGGGUCGACGCGUUAUAGAAUUUGCCAUGUUAAACAACUACUCAGCUGUGGUUCUGGGAACAACUGCAGUCAAGAUGGCCGCCCACAAGCUGUACGAGUCUUUGGGUUUCCGGCGAGUGGGAGACACUGAAGACUACACGCUGCCAGGAAUGACCCGUUCACCGCUGGAGAGGCUCUUCUUCCAAAUUCGCUACAGCCGGUACCGAUUGCAGCUUCACGAAGAGUGAGCGACAGAGUUAACAUGAGCGCAGAAGAUAGAAUAUAUAAACGACAAUGCCGGCAAUGACCCUGAACCACCCACUGACCCGGUCCUCUUCUUCAACCUAUUUAUUUAUGUUUUUUUUUUGUUUUUUUUUAAGUCAUAUCUGUUCCUACGACCUUUAUUUUCAUUCAUCUUUAUGCUUGUUGUUUUUGAGGGGGUUUAGUGGAAAAUUUCAUUCCUUUGACCUUCAUUUGACGUUUCUGCUCUUAGACUUUCUUUUCAUGGUCAUCUUGCCCUGAAACACCAUGAACAUAUGAAAAGCCCCAAAUGAUUUGAUCUCAUUUGGAUAUAAAUGUGAAUUUGUCUCCCUUAAAACAUAAAUCAACCAAGGCAGCUUAAUUCUGCCUCUGACUUUUUUCCAAUCCAUCCUAUAGGCCGAUCCACAGUAGCACAGACCACUAUAAACACAGUUCAGUAAGCAGUGGAUGUAGGAACUUCAGGGAAGGAGGCAGUAAAGUCUGAUACACCUUGUCUGAUGCCACCUUCCUCUUGACGAAGUAUGUUUGAACCUUGCAACAGCGGCAGUCUGGUGGAGUCAAACAGUCCAUCCAAUUGUAGCUUUUAGUCCAAAGCAAAGCACUAACCGACAAACAGUCGGAAAACAGCUAAAAAUGUGGAAUAUUAUAAAGCCAGUAAUUUUUAUCCUUAAGCACCCCUCGUUUAAUAGGUUAAAAUAACACCUUUGCAAUAUAAUCUUUAUUUCCUAGUGCUGAGCCACAGUAUCAGCAUUUACAAAUGACCAGAAAAACAUCAAUGCUCUUUCAUGUUAAAGAAAACUAAAGAAAAAAUGUUUCUCUGCACUUCAUUUGGCUGACACUAAAGUUGCAGUCAGGGAAAUUCACGUUUACAAAAAUCUAAAUUCACUUGAAAUCUGAUUAUAUACUGUGAUAAUCUGAAAUAUCACACAUACUAAUUUUAGCACAUAUCUAUUUGUGUAAUGAUUUGAUGAAGCUUUAAUAAUGACUUGAUUAAACUUUUGUAUACUUUGUGGAUAAUUUCACCAUUCAGGUUUGGGGAAAAAUACCUACUACAAAAUUGCUGAAAUGUGGUCAUGCUUCCCAGUCUGAUAUUGCUCCUCCGAUGCAAAAUCUAAAACACCAAAAAAAAAAAAAAAAAAAAAAAAAAAAAGGGAAAAAAACAAACAAAACAAAUGCCAUUAGACUCCAGGUGUAUUUAAAUUAAACUUGGGUGGCAUAAAAGCAGCAAUAUAAUGAUUUAAAAAAUUAAACUGAGCACAAAUAUAAAUUUGGAUAAAUAUAUAAAAAAGGACUGUAUAAGUAUACAAUAUCUAAGGCUUUAUAUUCUGCAACUAUUCAAUAUGUAUAUGUAAAAUGUUUGAAAACAUACAUAAGACAUACCCAUAAUCUCUAUCCGUCUCUAUCCUCCUACCACAGUACCAGCAGAGGGAGAGAUACAAACCACAACGAGCCUCAUCUGUGACAUAAUGUUGUAUAAAGUUAAGAAACUAAAUGUGAUUUAAAAAUACAUAGAAGUAACAUGUAGUGCAAAAAACAAACAUGAACAUUGCCAGUUUUCCUUGACUUUAACCCCACCCCCAUCCAAAAAUCUGACUGCAACCCUGGGCCAGACCUCUCCCUCCUUUCUGUCCCCACCCCCCUCUCUGCAUGCGCCACGGAGUCUUGUUGCGCUGCCCUUUUUCCCCAUUCUAGCUUGUACUAUCCCCAUACUUCUGUGAUGUCACAGUAGCGGUGUGGAGAGUUGUGGGCAUGGCUUAGAAUGUGAGAUGGGCGGGGUCAACCAAACAAAAGGACUACCCACCAGCUUGCUGCUUUAAUGACAUCACAGCUGCCAAUAGUAGAAUGCAAGAGCAAUGCAAGUAUGUGGCAUGCCUCUGUACCUGGUUUGUGCGUACGGUGCCUGCCCUGGAAAAUAUAUUUAAAAAUAUGUAAAACAAGCUUCUUUUUUUAACUGAACAUAUAACAAAUAUGUGUGUUUCAUUGUUCAAAGAAAUUGUUGUUGCAUGAAACGUCUUUGAAUGAAAAACGAGCAAGAAAAUACCAUCUUUCACAUGGCAAGUCUUAAAAGUGGAGCCGUUUCUUUUUUUUUUCUUUCUUUUUUUUCCAAUGGAAUUUCAGUUUAUUCUAAAAUUCUUAAGAGUUGUUGUCAUCUUUAAGGAUAUCGUGAGAUGUCCUUUUUCAUCAUUAAGAAGGCCUUGACAAUUAUUUAACUGAAUGCGCUGUUUUGAUUACAGAUAAGUUACGUGAAAGCAAUUCUCUAGACACAACUUUGCCAGUUGUGCCACACCUGUGCCAGUCAAAUUAGACAUAGCAUUCACCUGUUUCCCUUAAAAUGGACUCAUUAAAUGGCCAGUUAAGCUGUAUUUGAAUGCACCAACAUCCUUAAGAAGAAAGGUUCGGCUGAUCAGAUCUGUGAUGGGAUAUUUAAACUAUCAACAUGAAUUCCUGUGUAAACCCAAAGCAAACAGAUCACACUUACCUGAAAUCUUGAGAAACGUUAGCUCUAAACUGUGAAAAGGCAAAACAAUCAAACACAUAAAUGUAAUGCAGUAUGAAAAUAUUUAAGGAGCAUGAAGUUCAAUCCCACAUUAAGGAUUUACCACAGCGCUGGCAGAUGUGAAUGUACACGGCAAUCAGCAAUGUAUUAUGAAUGUUGAAGAUCAAGAUUUGAACAGUGUUUGAUGUACUUAAGGACUUUUGCUAUGAGUGUUAUUCUUCUGUAGUGCCACUGCCUUGAAAAUCCUUAGCUUAUUAUUCUGAAUGCAGUUAGCAUGGGAUUGAGAAUUUCAUGUAUGAGGUGCAUGUAUUGUUGCCAUAUUGAAGAGAGCAUUAUUGUAAAGCUAAAAUUGCAAGAAAGUGCAAGAACACCAUGAUCACUGCUUGUGUUUAACUAACCUGUUGAACAGUUCCUGAUCAUGCCACUAGUUUUGCACAUGCUAAAACUUUUGCACAUGCUAAAGGCUCAAUUAAAUUGGAUUUAUGUAUACAGUGCAGUUAGUGUCAUAUGUGGGUUUAGACUGGUGACUUGAUUGGCUAGUGAAUGUCUCUGAAAGUGGGAGCAGUGCUCAAGACAGCGGUCAACAAGAUGUUACAAAAGAAAAAAGCUGGGGUUUUACCCAAGUCUCAAGAAAAAGAAAAGAAAAAGAAAAAAAUUAGAAAGAACCCCCCCCCCCCAAAUAAAAAAAAAAAAAAACACCAACAACACAGAAAUAAAGUGCAUUCUUAUACAUUUCUAAUGUUAGUUCGAAAGAACAGUUGAUAAGGCAUUCAGAUUGAUCUUGGUAACCUGCAUGAAAAAGAUGAAUGUUUCACCUAACAGAGGAGAAGGGAGUCACUGAAGAUCCACGAUGGUAGAUGGUCUUGCUUCAUCAACGUCACCUUUCGGGUGAUGCAUGGAACAAGCCAAGACACCAAAAUGUGGAGCUGCUUCCUUCUCCUUUAUUUUAUUUAUUUAUUUUUUUUUGGUUGAAAGCACUCCCUUAUUGUGGCUUGAAGUGCUAAGGAGGUAGUGACACUUGUAGCACAAUUGUAUGAUUUGUUUUGUUUUGUUUUGUUAAUAAGGGUUUGACUCGUGUGCUUAUCUAUGAUCCACUACAAUGUAUCAACAGUAUUUUUUUAAGUUAAAUUUGCCAAAGUUAAAGAUGUUUGCUGCAUUUCAUUAUUUUGCCAUUUGUCUUUAAGAUGUUGCCACAAGUCAUCUUUGUAGAAUUCAUUUGGAAACCAAGCCUAUGUGCCAUUUUAUCAAGCAAUAAUGCAAAGUGUCACAGUUGGGAAAAAAAAAAAAAAAAAAAAAAACAUAACCAGAACAUGAUCCAUGAGAUUAUAAAAAUGUUCAAAUGCUGCAUUGAUGUUCAAUCCCUCAUACUUUACUGGUGACAGUCGCUAAGAUGUUAUUAGUAUUGGCACAGCAACAUCACCAUGGGCAAGCCAAGGCCUGACAAAGUGUGAAUGUGAAUUUUCUUUUUUUUGUAUAUUCUCAUUUUUUAUAUUUCCUUAAUUCUAAUUACAACUAACAUGUUUACUUGCAUCUUGAAUCCUUCAAGUUUACAAAUGGAUUUUUAUGUUGUACUGAUACGAAGCCCACAAAAAUAAGCAAGAAACCUUUGUGACUGGGUGAUGUUUUGGGACUCUGAAAGUUGCGUUAAGCUCUGAAACACAAUUGUUUGGUCUUAAAUAUCCACUGUCUCCUGAUUCACAGGGAGUGCAGUCUCCAACAAUCUGUGACAGCAAUCAAAGCAGAGAAAUCAGCACCACACAACCAAUUUUACUAGUACGCACAGGUUCAUAUUAACGAAGCUCUAUGAUUUUUUUCUUGAAAACAAUUAACCUUUUUUAUUAACAUUUUAAUAUGUGUAAAGUUGUAAAGUGUAAUUUACUGUAAAUAGCAUUUGGGGACAUUUUGUGAUCAUUUUGUAACAGAAACUAUAUGAAUAUAAUUAAGAUGUUUACAAAAAAUAAACAACAACAAUACACUUUGGGAAACAACUGCAAACUGAGACAAUUCUAACUAUACAAUCUGCUCACAUUUGUGCCAGUCAGAGCAGCAAAAGCAACUUUCAGAGUCCCUGCAUCCUCUUAACACUUAUUAGGGGCUCUUAGAAGCUUUGCAAAGUGCCAGCGGGUUACUAAUUAUUGUAAAUUAUGGUUAAUUUACGGGUAAAUCCCAGGAACUACUUUGGAAAUGUAUGGCACUAAAACAAUUUCUCAAGUUAGCAGUAACACUUUAGAAAUGCUCAUGUUUACAUCUGGUAUAAGUUGACAUUAGUUGCCCCAUUUUGUCAGUGUGUUAAACACAUUUCAGUCAUUGGCAUUGCCUGUUACUAUAGAAACAAGCCCAUGCAAAGCACAGCAGGGAAAUGAUAUGCAGCCAUUCAUGGGGGCGGGUCAGUAGCAACAAAAUGGGACUGGUUUUUAGUAUGGCAUGAUAAUGAGGGCUGGGCAGAAUGGAGUUUGGGGAAAGAAAAGGGAGGUUUGAGGUUUUCAGCAUGGUAAAUCUGGCCUUGCUUUACCUGUUUGGUCGCAGUGAUCACCUGGUUCUUUGAGUCUGAAAUAACUGUACUGCCUGGGUUUCCUUUGGAUUUUGUUUUAUUCUGCUGUUUACGUUCCUACCUUUUCUCUUUUUCUUUCAUUUUCUCGAUACACAGGAACUUUGUAAAGAUGUAAAGAAACGUUUUCCUGAUUUAUGAAAGAAAAGGUUGUACAUACUGUAUCAAUUAAAGGAAUGAUGCAUAAA